GAUUUAGAAGUUCAGGAAUCCCACGUGACGUCACCGAAGGGUGAUGUAAUGCUUCUCUAAAUAGAUCGUAUUGUAAUCUUUCCUCAGUCCAACGUGGUUCCUUCAGAAAGUGUGGUGCAUCUUCUCCAGACUUCUGCGGUAUAUGAGGAGCCAGUGACAGUGAUGAACUCCGAGCAGGAAAGGCCGUUCGUGUGCAGCGCCCCGGGCUGCUCUCAGAGAUUCCCUACGGAGGAUCAUCUAAUGAUUCAUCGGCACAAGCAUGAGAUGACCCUCAAAUUCCCCUCCAUCAAAAAUGACAACAUGCUGUCAGACCAGACACCCACCCCAACGCGCUUCUUGAAGAACUGUGAGGAGGUGGGUCUCUUCAGCGAACUGGAUUGCUCCAUCGAACAGGAGUUUUGCAAAGCUCAGGAGGAGGAGGACAACAAACAGAAUAUCAGUCUUCAUGGGCAGGGGGUCCCUAACCAGCACCAGCAGACCCACUCAAGAAUGGCCAACCACGACAGCAGCAUAGUGAUCCAGCAGGCACUGCCUUCUCCUCAGUCCAGUUCUGUCAUCACUCAAGCCCCUUCCACCAACAGACAGAUUGGGCCAGUGCCUGGUUCCCUUUCUUCGUUGUUGCACCUGAGGAACAGACAGCGACAGCCACUGCCGGCCUCCAUGCCUGGCACGUUACCUGACCCGACUAUGCAAGGAUCGUCUGCUGUUCUGAUGCCUAUGGAGAGGCAAAUGUCUAUGGGCUCCAACAUGAUGGGCAUGCAAGGCCCCGCCCACAGCAGCUCAUGCUCCUCCCCUCAUGUUCCGUCCAUGCACUCAGAGGCAAAGCUGAUGUGCUACGCUGCUGCUGCUGCGGUGGCAGAGCAAGUACCGAGAUUUACUACUGCCAAUACAUCCACAACAUGCUGCAGUGAGCAUAGACUGAAAGCUGCCCUUGCCCACCAUCCAGGGGGCAUGGCGAAUGGCAACAUGAACUCCAUGGGUCAUAUGAUGGAGAUGAUGCCAUCGCGGCAGGAUCAGGCCGGUCACCACCACCUGCACUCUCACCCUCACCAGCACAUGCAGGGUCCGCCUCACGGAUAUCCACACCAUGCCCACCACCACCCCGGCCAUGCACAGAGCGCCCAUCACCACCCACAAAGCCACGGGCACCACAACUCCCACCCACCCCACCUGCACCCUGCACACGGACAUCAGACCUCUCCACACCAACCCAUGCACUCUGCUGUUUCACAGUUAUCUCCAGCUGCGCAGCAAAUGCAGCCGACACAGACCCUUCAGUCCCCGCCGCCCAGCGGAGGUCGUCGCAGACGGGUCAUGGACGAAGACCCCGACGAGCGCCGGAGGAAGUUCCUGGAGAGGAAUCGUGCAGCCGCCACACGCUGCAGACAGAAAAGGAAAGUGUGGGUGAUGUCGCUAGAAAAGAAAGCAGAGGAGCUCACCCAAACCAACAUGCAGCUGCAGAAUGAGGUCACGAUGCUAAAGAACGAGGUGACACAACUGAAACAGCUUUUAUUGACACAUAAGGACUGUCCCAUCACCACCAUGCAGAAAGAGUCUCAAGGUUACCUCAGUCCAGAGAGCAGUCCGGCAGGAAGUCCCACCCCUGUGACCCAGCAGCAAGUCAUCCAGCACAAUACCAUAACCACCUCCAGCACAGCACCCAAUCACUGCACAGAUAUUAACCCCAUUCACUAGAGACUCCACCCCUGGCGCCCCCACCAUGCUGGACAUCCUGACUGCAAAUUCUGGACAGACACACACACCUCUGUGCCUCUGUGGCAGCUUAUUCUUCUGUAAAUGUAAACUGAUUACAGUUUUGUUUAGUUCUGUGUGUUUAAUGUUUUCAUUUGAAUUGCUUAAAAAAGGGAGUCUGCAUAAAUCAUCAGGCACCAUCUCACUUGUCAAGGACAUCAUUAAUGGAAAUGCAACUGUUACAUCUGUUCCUGGAUUGCGACUGGACCACUGCCUUUACAAAUUACAGAAUUCAGAUAGCUGGAUAGCUUUUGCAAUGAAUUUUCCAUUGCCAAAAAGAUGCUGUCCUUUUGCUUUCUGUUUAUUGAUAUAACAAUUACUCUCACAUUCCCCUUUUUAUCAAAUUCAAAAGGAUAAAUUAGGAAGGUCAGUCUCCAUUGGGAGUUCCUAAUGAAAGUAACCUGAAGCAAUAUUGAAUCUCUGACAUGCUCAGCAAUCUGAUUGUCUUCACUUGCUCACUCGGACCAGAAUCUAGAUCAGAUUAAGUUCAACCUAUUAGCUCCUGUCAUUUCAGAUAUAAUUUCAGAAGUCAUCUUCGUAAAACAAAACAGCUUUCACUCCUAAGCUGGUACAGAUCAGGUCAAUGGCAUGCAUUUAUCAAGCUCACACAGGCGUCUGUGAUCAAAUGCCCUGCUGAACAUGUGUGAGAUUUCGGAGUAUUCCCAGAGUGGCGAGAUCACAGCUGCAAUAGUGCUGCACCAGGAAGACAUCUCACUUGGCGUUCGAACGUUUCAGAAGACACCAUCAGCUGUUUCAUUUUAAGAUGGUUUAACAUCUGGUCAGAUUUACCCCUGGUCCUCGUCAGUUUGCAUAUUACUUCUACUGGCAGUUCAUUUCGGUAUCUAUUUCGGAUCAGCGAGUGGACUAAGUAAUUUGCAUAUACUUCAAUACAUUUUUAUAUAUGUUUUGUGCUCAUAUGUUCCAACCACAUUCAAAACACUCCAUCUUGAACCAGAAUAAUGCCAUUGAAAACUUUUGGAAGCUUUUGCUUUACCUGAGGCUAUGGAAAACUUCCACUGAAGCCAAAUGCAUUGUUAAAUGCUACUUAAAAUUAGCUUUCGUUUUGGCUGGAAAUAUUGUUUAUAUCUUCCUCGGGCAUUCUGACUGUGAGUUAAAUUAAAUUUAAUAGGAUUAAAUGUAAUAUGAUAUAUUUUGAUACAUCCCCGUUUAUAGUCCUGGUUUGUUUGGUGCCUAGGAAAUCAUAUGAGGCUUACAUGGGCCAUGGAAAAUUCUGCACUUGACUAUAGUACUUCUUUCAAAGGUUCUGGAUGUUCAGGUGUUGAUUUUGAAAUUGAUGAUUUUGAGAGACAGUCAGCAACUUACUGUAAGGGGCCGUUCACCAAGAAUGCAUUUUCACGUUUAUAAAAUGCAAAAGGUAGUCUGCAGUGCAAUGCCAUUUUGUUGGUUGUCUCAAUCACAAAAUCCUUCAGUUCACUGGAAUGUUUGCUUCUUAAAAAAAUCUUACAAUGCACACAAAACCAGGGCACAUUUAUGUAUACUGUGUUCCCUUACCAGGAAAUGUAUCCCAUGUAUCCCAAAUGUAUCCCAUUUUCUGAACCGCCUCAACUUAGUACAUAUCAUUACACGAUAGAAGUUUUGAUGGUGGCAUUUUACAACCCAAAAACAGUGUCUCAAUGUGUUAUGAGCCAGGGUUCUUCCCAGUGCCAGUACACUGAUUCACAACCUAGGGAGCUGAUUGAGACACUCCCAAAUAAACGUCACCCAAUGGAACGUGAAAAUGCAUUCUGUAUGAACUGCCCUAAUAAUAACAUUCCAAGGUGAACUUUGUAAGGGUUGUGUGGGCAAAGUCCCAUAUACCUCAUGAGUGUAUGAUCAUGGACCGAUAAUCAAUAAUUUGGCCACUGUCACUUUAAGAUAUUGAGUCCUGAAUACCUUAAAGACUGUUACACACCAAAUGAACAUUAAUGAACUAGCGCAGAAGAAAGGCGACUGUUGUUGUCUUGCUUUGCAUGUGUUUGGGCCAAAAAGUGGCUCCAAAGGCCAGGUAGUAUGCACAUUCUGUAUAUGCGUGAAAAUAAAUAACUUUCCAUACCAGCAGGUGGCAGUAGUUGGCAACAGUGUUCGACAUUCAAAAAGGGAAGCCAAACUACAGAUAUACAAACCAUAAACAAAGUAGUGAGGUGUAGAGGUAGGUUUAGGGGCGGGGUUAGGGGAUUGUCAUUCAUAUAAAUUUGCCACCUUGUAAUAUGCGUUAAGAUAUUUUUUAAAAAAAUUACAAAUUUGUAUUACUGAGGUUGUAAGAAUUCAUAUAAAUUACCCACCAAGUAAAAUAUGUACGAAUUGCCAUGAGAUUGAGUUGGUCAAUCAGAGUGAUCCUUCUCACUGACUCCCUGAGACUAAUUUAAAUUGCUUAAUCGGCCAAAAAGCCAUCGAAUGAGUCCAACUAGUGGUGACAGAGUGGAACUGACAUUGGCAGACGGCGGACUGUUGGCCUGGUGUGUCACAGACUUUAGUCACAUUUUCCUUGUAUAAUUGGAAGUAAUUACACAAUUUGGUCCACUUUUGUUUCUCCCCACUGCGAAAAUGUAGCAAUUUACUAUUUCUAUGCAGGUACCGAUCUAGACCGAUCUAGAUACUGCUUUCCAAAUGUCACUAUGUGCCUGAAUAUGUCUUAAAUACUCACAUAGGGAAGAAUGUCAGUACUUAGUAAUACCUUAAUAUCAUUGCAUUUAUUUUCAAUUCAGAUUCAACUUUAAGGCCUUGACAUUGUUUAGCUUUUUUGUAAAGACUAAUUACUAGUGUUUUUGACUCAUUUUGGUGUUAAUGGACUUUUCUACCUUCUUGAACCAAGGAGGCCUGUGAUGAGAAUGCAGACAAGCUGAAAUGUUGAAAUGUUUCCCCUCUGCCGAAAAAGGGUCUUUUUUCCAGCAGCUAAGCUCAGAACUCUGUUUCACAUUUUUCACAGUUUGUAGAGGAUUUUUCUUCCCUCCUAAAUGGAACAUAUUGAUUCCCUUCGCCUUUCCUCGCAGCACUGUGUUUGGAACAAGAGCGUGCAAAACGACCUUCAACAUUGAGAGAUGGAAAUCUUGUAGCUGUCUAUGCACUUUGACCUCUGCACAGCAGAGGAUGGAAUAGCCAUAUAGGAGACUCAGCGAUUCCCAGUUCCCACACCAGCGAGAGCCAGCCACUGUCAAUCUAUGGAGCAACGCAACUUGUACAGACCAAUUGCACUGGGUUUUGACCGGAUGGCCUUUGAACCGAAAGCUUGGGUUUUGACGGUGCUCCUGUACUGUAGCUUUAAGACUUUAAACUGUCCCUUUAAAGAAAACUUGUUUGUCACACUGUGAAAUGGGUGACAUCAAGGUGAACUGGAAACAUGACUGUUCUUUCAUUGUUGAUUUUGUUGGACCUUAUUGUGGUUUAGUUGUUUCCCAGCAUAGUUCACAUAGGAGAGUUCACCCAAAAAUGAAUUAUUCUGAAAAUUCUUCUGAAAAACAGAAGUUUAGAGUUUUAUCCAUACAAUGAAAGUCAAUUGGGUCCAAACAUUUCAAACUUCAAACUAAAAUAUAUAAAAUCACUGAUUAAAUACUGUAUAGUGACACAUCAGUGAUAGCAAACCUCAUUGGUUCUUGUGUGUCACAUGAUGUCAAAACAAAAAAACUGUCAGUUUUGCUGUUACUGCUUUGUCUACAUUUUUUAUUUGUACUCUGUGUAGAUAAGUUGAUCAACUGAUUGAAUUUGAUUCGAUUCGAGAGUGAAUAACCACUUUGUUCAUUGAUCGUAUUAUUUCAAAUGACUGGAAUUUUUUGGAUUACUUUUAUGGUGCCUUGAUUUAUUUUUUGGAUCUUGAAACUUUUGGACCCAAUUGACUUUCACUGUACAGACAAGAAAAUAUAAAAAAUGUGUCAAAAUAUGUUCUUUAGUGUUCUGCAGAAAAAAUAAAAUGAGUAAAGCAUCGUACACACCGGGACGAUUAUCGCACGCGCUUAUUGCCGACAUUUUUGUUCUUACCCAAUCGAUUUUCACUGACAAUGAGCUGAGUGAACAUGCAAAUUCACUCCCUGACAUUAGAUGGUGCUUAAUGAAAACCAGAAAUGCCUUGGUACACAUCAAAUCCUUGCAAUUGCUCGCCAUAACAACUCCCUCUUAUCGAGAUUUUUGUAGUCACUGUCGCAUUUGUAAUAAAGCCCUAUGUGUUCAGACACCAAUGAGACCAGCAUGGUGCAUCAAACCAAAAAAACGAGCCCUAGGCAUUUUUAUUUUUAAAUUACACUUUUUUUUGCGGGUCAGUGUGCACACUCACAUUGGAACCCUUUGUUUAGUCACAAGGUGUUAAAUGACGACAAUAAUCGCACGUGAUAUUCGUCCCGUUGUGGACAAGUCUUAAAGGUGAAAUUACAUUAACUGUUGUUUCCCAAAUUUAUGUGAACAAAAUUCAGUCAUUACAACAGAAAUCCAAGAGAAAAACAAUUUUGUGUGAGGGAGAAAGUUUUCCUCACACAGAUUUCGCAACUGAUUCACCGCACUAACAAAAACUGCUUGGUUUUAAAGUGUCCAUAGUGUAGAGAUGUAUAAAGCUCACACAGCUCACACAGACUUCAAUAGACAAUGGACCCUUUUUGCCCAAUGUGACCACACCUAAAAUGAUGAUUACAUUUUUUGGGUGAACUGUCCCUUUAAGUAACUCAAAACAACUUUCAGUAUUUUCUGUGCAUGUAGCAUUAUACUGUGGUUUCGAAUGGGAUUCUGAUGCUCAUGAAGGUUGGGAGUUUCAAUGUUUUUGGAUUGUGAGCUCGAAAGUUAACUUGAGAUAGAUCUGUGUAUGCAUGCUUUUUCUCUCCCGACUUCACACUCACAAGUUUUGCAGUGUUUACAUAAAUUUGUAAUAAUAUGGUGGGAGGGGCUUCAUUAAAAGCAGUUUGGAUCUUCAUGGAGGACCUUAAACAGUUGCAUUUUAUUGUUAUUUUAAAGUUGCAUCUUUACAUUUCAAAGCAAGGAGGUCAGGAGUGUAUCUGCGCAGGGCCUCAUCAUCUCUUACGCAAGUAACAUACAAUAUAAGAACACACUGAACUAGAAAUAAUAUUUCACUUGCUCUCAGUGAGUAACAGACGUUUAUCUCAAAUUGCUGAUUUGGCAUCAGUUCUUGUUAGGAUGGUUGGAUGGAUGUCUUUUGUGAUACCAUUCUUUUAAAACAGAGGGAGAUUUUUGUGUGUGUGUGUGUGCACGAGUACAUUUGUGCUUCCAUGUGCAUAGUUUUUUUUUUUUUUUUCUAGGUGGCGGACAAUGACUACACAUUAAUAAAACUAUAAAUGUAUCAUUGCAGCAAAACUAUAAAUAUUGUAUAAAUUUUCAUUAAUUUUUUGUAAUCUUGUUCCCGUAAUGCAACCACCUUUCUUUUUGAAAGGAGUACAUGUUUGGUACAUGUUUGUAAAUAAUGUUUGCAUAGCACUUGCAGUCUUCAAAUUUUGCCUGUUCAUUUCAGAGCUGAAACAUUGCAUUGUUUGUUACGCAUAUUGAAUUCAUGAAUUCACACACGCUUACAUAACUUUGUAUAUUUUAUAUGUUUAUUAAUGCCUUGAACAGUUUGUGUUUAUGCAAAUGUACAGAUGUGAGAUCACUACAGCUAUAUUACAAUAUGAAAAUAAAGCACUUGUUCUUUAACAAAGCUCUGCCGAUCCAUGAUUAAACUGAAAAUUUGCGAAUUUGAAGUUUUGCUUUUUACAUUUUUCCCUCCUUUUUGCAUAUAAUCUAGAACUUGAGUACAU